AGAACUAAACGGACCAGUCCUUCAAUGGUUAGGUCCUAGCAAGAGGAAAAGAAUUACGUGCUUGCUCUCAGUUUGACCCAGAAAAUGAGAAGAACGACAGAAAAGGAAAAUUGCAUUCAAAUAUUACAUAUCACCUCAUAAGACUAACAUAUGGGCGAUUUUUAUACCAAAGCGUCAAGUUUUCCCGUGACAAAUUGCCUCAUGAUUUUACAUAGAUUUCUGGGAAAGACAAUUUUGCAAGCGAAAAAGUGGCAUAAAUUCUCAAUCCUUAUGCGAUUCUUACAAACCAGGGCUCAUUUAAUUCGUGUAUCCAUUUUGAUAUUUUGAAAUUUUAGAAACAUGGCUAAAUAAAGUUGAGUUGAAUUGAGAAUUAGCACAGCCACAAAUAAUUAAAAUCAAAUAAGAUUGUGAUUUCUAAGUUAUCUGUUAAGUAGACGCCGACAAAUAUGAAAUUCAUAUUUGACGGCGAGUACUUUUGUUGUCGUGCGCGGCGCCUUUAAAUGCAGAGCUGCAGGUCUCGCGGGUGCGAUCUCGCGAUACUCGCUUGGCGCCGCGACCUCAUGUGAAACACCAUCCGCACGAGCCACAGAUCAGCACACACGUCCUCCGGCCGACGGGUUUUUUUUUUUUGGCCUCUGCGGCGGAAAAAGCGCGAUGGAGACGCGAAUUGUGUCCGUCUGAACCACCGCGGGAGUUUUUUCGGAAAGAACAAAAACACAGCACCCCCCCCCGCCGCCCCCCUCCCCCGCACCUAAUAUCCGACCGCGCGUUUUAGUCGAGACGUAUUUAAACAGGGGCGGCGCGACGAUGUGGAUCCAGGUCCGCACCAUAGACGGGAAGGAGACCCGAACCGUGGACGAUCUCUCCAGGCUGACCAAAAUCGAGACUCUGCGCGUGAAAAUUCGGGAUAUCUUCAACGUGAGGCCCCAGCAACAGCGCCUUUUCUACCGGGGCAAGCAGAUGGAAGAUGGCCAGACGCUGUUUGACUACAACGUGGGUCUGAACGACAUCGUCCAGCUGCUGAUUCGCUCCCAAACGGACCCUCCGGACAGCCCCGGGGCCAAGGACCCCCCGAGCGUGGCGUGCACCUCCACCCCGACCCCGGCCUCCGCCGUCCCUCGCGCCGAAAGCCCCGACCGCCCCGCUCCCGUCUCCCCCGCCGCUAUGGAAACUUCGACCGAUAAAUACAACGACUGCAGCGACACGGCCGAGACGGCCAAUGAGACCAAGCCGGACGCUAUCGCCCCCAGUAACUCGGCGAGCACCAAAAAUGGCUUCAAGCCCGCCAGUCCGCCACGGGACACCCAACCGACGACAUCCAGCAAGAACGCACUGGUGGACCCGGGAAUUGGGAAUUACAAAAUUAACGAGCUGGUAGACUGUAGGGACGUGACGGUGGGCGCCUGGUUCGAGGCCUGCGUGGAGAACGUGACCCGUGCGCCCAAAGGACCCGUCAAGGCCAAGGUGGGGCGGCCCCCCAAAAGGACUAACGGAAAGCUGGAAGGCGAGCAGGGCCAGCACCCCCUCGGCCCGGCCCAAUGCACGGACGCUGUCAGGAAUAGCGCGUUAAACCCGGAGACCAACGGACCCUCCACGUCGCAGACGGACUCCGCCGAAGAGGACAUCGUCUAUCACAUUAAAUAUGAUGACUACCCCGAGAACGGUCUGGUGGAGAUGCGGGCGGUAAAUGUGCGGCCCCGCGCCCGCACCCUGCUGGGCUGGGACCAACUCACGGUGGGCAUGAACGUGUUGGUCAAUUACAACAUGGAGAUGCCGGAGGAGCGCGGCUUCUGGUUCGAUGCGGAGAUUCAGACGCUCAAUCAGGCCUCCCGCACCAACAAGGAGCUCCGGGUCAAGAUUCUGCUUGGCGGCCCUGGCGACGUAAUUGGGGAUUGCAGGAUUCACUUUGUGGAUGAGGUCUACCAGGUGGAGAAACCUGGGGCUCCGGCCCUCUCGGCGGCUGAUGGACAAUUUAAACGGAAGAGCGGGCCGGAGUGCAAACACUGCAAGGCCGACCCGGACGCCGAGUGCCGCUUCUGCUCGUGCUGCGUGUGCGGCGGCAAGCAGGACGCUCACAUGCAGCUGCUGUGCGACGAGUGCAACAUGGCCUUCCACAUUUACUGCCUCAACCCGCCGCUGGCCACCAUCCCGGACGACGAGGACUGGUACUGUCCGACCUGUAAGAAUGACACUAAUGAGGUGGUCAAGGCCGGGGAGAAGCUCAAGGCCAGCAAGAAGAGGGCCAAAAUGCCCUCGGCCACUACAGAGAGUCAACGGGACUGGGGCAAGGGCAUGGCUUGCGUGGGACGUACCAAGGAGUGCACCAUUGUUCCCUCCAACCACUACGGCCCAAUUCCCGGCGUUCCUGUCGGGACCACAUGGAAAUUCCGAGUUCAGGUGAGCGAAGCGGGCGUCCACAGGCCGCACGUGGGCGGCAUCCACGGUCGCAGCAACGAUGGCUCUUACUCGCUGGUGCUGGCUGGGGGCUUUGAGGACGAAGUGGACCGGGGGGACGAGUUCACGUACACGGGCAGCGGCGGCCGGGACCUCUCGGGAAAUAAACGCAUCGGCGAGCACUCGUUCGACCAGACGUUAACCCACAUGAACAGAGCUUUGGCGCUGAACUGCGACGCCCCCCUGAACGACAAAGACGGAGCAGAGUCUCGGAACUGGCGGGCCGGGAAGCCGGUGAGAGUGGUGCGCAGCUCCAAAGGCCGGCGCAUCAGCAAAUACGCCCCCGAGGAGGGAAACCGCUACGACGGCAUCUACAAGGUGGUGAAAUACUGGCCAGAGAUUGGCAAGUGUGGCUACUUGGUGUGGAGGUACUUGCUGAGACGGGACGAUCAGGAGCCAGCACCUUGGACCCCUGAAGGACUGGACCGGAUCAAGAAGUUGGGUCUCUUGAUCCAGUACCCGCCCGGCUACCAGGCCGUCAUGGCGAACAAGACAAAGAAGGAGGCCAUCGCGAGGCCCGGCCGCGGCGGCCGGAGCAAGCACCACUCCGGGAGGGGGCGGGGACGGGGCAGGCCGCGGAAGCACCCCAAAAUGGAGAAGGAGGAGGACGAGGAGGACGAAGAGUUCGAGCACCUGAUGGCCGCCGUGGAGGAGGACGAGGAGGAGGCGCCGCAGAGUAACGGCGAUCAGAAGACGAGCAAGGACACUGAUUGGUCGCCGGCGCCCGAGCCUCCCACUAAGCGCGUGAAGGUGGAGGAGGCCUUCGUGCUGUCCGAGCAGCAGCAGCAGCUGAUCGGGGAGGACGCGGCCAAUAAAAAGCUGUGGGACGAAGCCCUGGGACAUCUGGCGGAGGGACCAAACUUCCUGCGUAAGAUGGAGCAGAUCUUCAUGUGCGUCUGCUGCCAGGAGCUGGCCUUCCAGCCCAUCACCACCGUCUGCUCGCACAACGUUUGCAAGACAUGCCUCCAGCGCUCCUUCCGGGCGGAGGUGUACACCUGCCCGGCCUGCCGCCACGACCUGGGCAAGGACUACGUCAUGACGCAAAACAAGACUCUGCAGGUUCUGCUGGACCAGUUCUUUCCCGGCUACACAAAAGGCCGAUGAGAUCCAACGCCGCUCUGGACCAGAAGCCGCGCUCGCGCACACAAGUACACACACACAAACAUCCAAGUUACACGAGUACACACAGGUAUACUGUCGAGAGCUCCACUUUAAAGACGCGUCGCAGUUCCCGCGUCGGGCUCUACGCGUAGUGCGUCACACAGCCAUUUCAUGUAUACAAUCAUCGAGCACACAAAGCACCUCAGUAGGUUCCGACCUCAUCCGUUUCCUCCAUAAACCUCACCAGCCUGAGAUUUUACACCAAGGACUUGAACGCACGCACUACUAGCCCGCCACACACACACACACACACACACACACGUUUAGAUACUUAACUACUACACGAGUACUCGACUGCGGAUUUCGUUCGAGACGCACAGUCGAGCGGAGGCCACUCUUGAGAGGAAAUUGGUGUCGUACGCCUGCUAACCCGCAUUUCGGUGUACCAUCCGCGAACCGGCCGCUUCCGCUGCAACGUCCUUGACGAUGCACUUAGUUGACGUCCGACGGGACGCGCCGUGCUGGAUUUUUGAUGACGCGCCCCCAUUUUUUUUUUUUUUUUUUUUCUUCAUUUUACGCCCCUUUUGACGUCACAUUCAAUUUUUUGUCACCCCCAUUAUGUAGCACUCAGGUCCCCACCCCACCCCCUCCACACACACACACACAAACUAUAAUAUACGUAGUAUAUAUGUAGUCUAUAAUAUUAUUGACCCCCAAAGAGUUAAUACAGGAAAAAUGUUGGAAAAAAAGCACUUGUUCGUCGCGCAAAGCUAGCAUGCUAGCACGCUAACCUUUUGCUAAACGCAUCCACCCGUGUGGCGUUUCCCCCAAAAUUUUAUAAACAUUCCAAAGGUGCGAGCAGCAGUCACACAAAAAUAAAAAAAUGCCCCCCCCCCCCUUAGAAAUGAUGAAUAGCUCCAAAGGAACCUCGUUGUUUGCGUUCCUGAAUGCAGCACUGACCUCCCGAAAGGACCAAACCGGCAACGCCCCAAAGGUGGCGAGUGCAGUGCUGUUGCUCGGUGCAAAACGGUGUAAAUCGCGACAAUGAGUUACCGUUUUUGGUUCCAUAGCCACACGGGACGACGUCCAUGUCGAGAAAUGAUAGCGUGACUCGAUUUCCUGAACCCAACGCGCAAAAGUUUCAUAAUAUUUGCAUUUGACUUGUCUUUGGCAUUAUCCCCCAGUUCACGUGUCCCCGUUGAUACGCCCGUUUGAUAUCUAUUGAUGAUACUCGCGACGCGAGUAGUAUCGCUUGGAUGACGCACCAUCUUUGCUUAUGCCCCCAUUUGUGUCUUUAACAGUGACGUGUCUUCGAUCACGGAGCCGUUUGACGUCCCGUAAUUCCCGGCCGACAGAGCGCACCUGGUUAGAAGCCUCGGUACGCAGAAAGAGUUUAACGCUAGCGCGACGCUAGUGUUAGCCCGGUACUAGCAUGAGCGUGGGGGUAGUGUUAGCGCAGCGCUAGCGUUAGCACUAGCGCUAACGUGGCGCUAGCUUUAGCGUGGCACUAGUGUUAGCGCAGUGCUAGCAUUAGCACUAGUUGUAGCGUUAGCAGUAGCGUUAAUGCGGCGCUGACGUUAGCGUGGGGCUAGCGUUAGUGCAGCGCUAGCGUUAAACUCUUUCUGUGUACCGAGGCUUAAAACCAGGUGCGCUAACUCUAGCACUGCGUUAAUGGUAGCGUCGCUAACGCUAGCCCCGCAUAAAAGUCGCGGCUUGUAGCCCGGAAAUUACGUUGGACCUGUUUUUGAAGUAGCGCCCGAUCCGCUGCGUCUUUGCGACUAUCCGCCCGAUACGUUGUCCGACCCCGUGGCCCUUUCGACGUCUGUGUUGCUCCACCCCUUUUCGUGUCUUUCAACGACACGGCCCAUUAAACGUAGCCCCUUUUGGAGCUGUCUUUUGUCGACGCGCACCAUUUUGAUGAUCUUCCCCGUCUCACGUCUUAAUAACGUGACGUCGUGCACAUCUUUGACGAUAUUACCGACGCGCGCCAUUUUCUGUAGCCGUGUCUUUGAUGAUGUGCCCCUUUGACCCGUCUGGUGUAGCCUGAAUUCACCAUCUUAAUGAUACGUCGCAUUUAUGAUACGUCACAUUUGCUCAGUCCUGUUCAGUGCGUCUUUGAAUCGCGCCCGUUUUGACGUGUCUCUGUUCAUCUUCCAAAUAUUGACGAUAUUUCACAUUUCACGUCUUAAAUAUGGCCCGUUCUGACAUAUGUCCAACUUUGAUGGUGUGGUAAUAUGACCGUUUUCCUUAAAAAAAAAAAGAAAUAGUCAUUUACUUUUCUCCCAUGCAAUCUUUUUUCUUGUAAUCUUAAAAAAAGAAACGCAUGGAAAAAAUUAUCGCAUUUUUUAAUAAUAGUAAUUUUUUCAGGAAUUUUUUAAAAAAUGUUAUUUUGAGUAGUUUUAAUCAAAUUGAAAGGAUGAGCGGUUCAGAACAAGAGUGGUGACUUUAGUAUUGCCAUAUUUGGACAUGUUAAAAAAAAAUUCCAUUUUCACAAUUUGUUUUUCUUUUCCAUUUAUGUUUUUAUGUUUUGACUCUGGUAUGGUGCAUUCAAAUGUUGACGGUUGGCAAGGCUCCAAGUUUCAGCUGCUUUUCUGGUCACGUGACACAUUUUCCAGUCAUGCCAUUUUUCUUUCUUUUUUUUUUGGUUUUUAUUUUGUUUUUUUCCGGCGGGCUUGUCGCACUUGCGCUGACGUUGUCCUCGUUUCCGUUUUAAUCAUUCAGGUUUUUUUGUUGUCAUUUUUAUUUUUCAAAACAUGCAAUUCUAAAUGGUCUUUUUAAGGCGAACUGUGAUGUGCAUUAAUAAUUUGUUUUGUUCGUGGCUAACUAAAUAGCGCUCCUCCCUGCAGUGACUUCCUUCUGUACGUGAACCUACAAUGCUAAAAAUCCUUUUUAGACGUCUCGUGGACGCUUGGCUUCAGUGCUGUCGUUAUUUUUUUUUUUAGGUUUUUUUUUUAAUACCUAUUGCACUCUACUGAAGAAUAAAAAAAAAUUAAUUUCUCUGAGAGACUUCAAAUACCAAUGUCUGUUUUUUCCCUGUCUGUAGGUUUCUAGUUGCUUCAGUUCCAUUUUAAUCAUGAUGCUCUGAGCGCAUUUGCCGGUCUGACGGGGAGUUCAAUUGCUUCAUGUUUUAUACAUGUCAUAAUACUUAAUAUGUACCUAUUAAAUAUUUCGAUUCAAGACAAGCUUCGUUUCUUUCUAGAUUAUUGAUAUCAUUAGCACAGAGUGAACAGGCUGCACAUUGUCACAUUUGAUAAGGUUUGGAUUUAUAUGCCAAAUCAAAAAUAUGCAGCAGUGCACUUUUUAUAAAAAUAAAUUCAUUUAAUUAUGGUAGCUAAUUUUAGGGGGGGAAAUAAUAGCUAAAUAAAUGCAACAAUUAUUACAGUACUAUUGAUGAAAAUAAUGUACACACCCAUUUUACCAGAUUGUUUUAGCCAUAUUUGAUGUUAACUGUAAAUAUGUUACAAGGAGGCGUCACAGUUCUGAGGUCCCGGGUUCGAUCCCAGACCCGCCUGUGUGGAGUUUGCAUGUUCUCCCUGUGUUCUCUCCAGGCACUCCGCUUUCCACCCACAUCCCCAAAAACACGCAACAUUAAUUGGACACUCUAAAUUGCCCCUAGGUGUGAUUGUGAGUGCGGCUGUGUGUCUCAAUGUGCCCUGCGAUUGGCCGGCGACCAGUGCAGGGUGUCCCCCGCCUCCUGCCCGUUGCCAGCUGGGAUAAACUCCAGCACUCCUCGCGACCCUUGUGAGGAUAAGCGACUAAGAAGAUCUUACAAGGAAGCCUUCAUUAAAAAAAAAUAUAUAUAUAUAUAAACAUUUGGGGAUUUGUUUUAUUAUAAGAGAAACAAUAGGUACAAUAGCACAAAGGUGUCAAGUGAACUUGAAAUAAAAAGGAAUGCAGAUACAAAGUCAGUCCUAUCCGAACAUCAGUUUUUCCCCUCCCUCCUGAUAACACCCCACCAAAAAAACCCAAAAAACAUGAAAUUAAUAAAUGAGAUUUACAUCAAGACGAAGCCCCAAAAACCAAAAAAAAAAAAAAAAUACUGUGCUGUUUAUAAGUACCAGUCGACAGGGUAGUUAUCCAAAAAGUGGAUGUGAGUGCUACGCCAGUGGUCCCCCUCAAAAAGAUUUCAACAUGACAGGCAUUUUGUCACCGCCGUACCAGUGUAAAAAAAAAAAAAUUAUAAAA